UGCAGAUAUUUCAGUUAUGGAGGCGGGUCCAUUGACACGUGAUGUUCUUUAUGACCAAGAGCGCCACCGAUCCGCGAAGAUAGACGCUGGGGAGGCCCCGAGUAUUACUAUUGUCGAUCAUACCCGUGCACAUUCUAGCUGGGAGUUGACGGAUCCACAGAUACAAUAUUAUGUGCGUCAAGCCGGCUUUUUUGAGUGUUCACAAAUUAAAUGGGUAAGACUUGAUUGGGCACUUUUGACGGCAUUGGUUGAACGAUGGAGGCCCGAGACAAAUACUUUCCAUCUGCGCCAAGGAGAGGCGACGAUUACCUUACAGGAUGUUGGGGUUAUACUUGGCCUCAGAGUAGAUGGUGAUGCAGUGACGGGCACCGAUGACUUCAAUUAUGCGACCAAGUGUGAAGAAUUGUUCGGUCGCACUCCUACAAUGAAGGGGGGAAAGAUCAAACUCGAAUGGUUAAGGAAUAACUUUAGUAAUGUACCGAUCGAUGCGACUGAUGAGAUCAUUAAGCGCUAUGCCCGUGCAUAUAUUUUACAUAUGAUCGGUACUAUUCUGUUUCCGGAUUCCACUAAGGAUUCCGUGCACGUGAGAUGGUUACCGCUUCUUGGGGACCUAGAAGAGUGUGGAGAGUUAUCUUGGGGGAGUGCAGUGUUAGCCUACUUGUAUAGAGAGAUGACGAAAAUAGCACUCGUACAAAAUAAAGAAUUGAAGGGCUGCCUCACUUUGCUGCAGAUAUGGUCAUGGGAGCGAUUGCAUAUGGGAACACCUGAUUUGAGGGAGGCCCGCGCUCUCGAUGGGCAUAUUCCGUUAGGCUGCAGGUAUUAUUAA